AUGCUAUCACUGCCCAAACGACUCUUCUUUGGCGAUCAACCCAAGAUCGACUUCAAACUCUCGCAACUCGACGGCAUCGCUCGACUCUACUCCGAACGUCACAUUCCCUACCACGAUUCCAAGUACUGGUCACGGUUUCUGCAGUUCGACACCCCGACCGACAUCUUUUUCCUUCUGUCACUAGCAGAUCUACGACGCGCGAGGAGAGACGCUCCCGAGAAUGUGGUCACGCUCGUCAGGGUGAUGGUAGCCCACCUCGAGAGUCUGUUGGUGGACCCGCUGUUCGAACCGCCACCGCCGAGAGGUGCGAAUGGCGCGAGUCAGGAUGGCCUCAGUGCGAGGCUGAAUGGGAUCGCUGAUGUGUCAAAGUGGAAGGUACCGGGUGCAUCGCUGAUGGGAUUAGAGAAGAGCGCAACGGGGGAGGUACAGAGGGAUAGGACGAAGGAGGCGUUAAACGUCAUUAGGAUAUUGACGAGGACGCUGCCAUCGGUGUUGGAGUCGGAGGACGAUGCGUUUGAGCAGCAGGUGCUGUGGAGUCAAUCGCCAGAUGCGUAUGGGGAUGCGGAAGCGUCGAAGAGCCCGGCCGGGAGAGCCGCAAAGCGAAGCGAAGGAAAUGAUGCUGCUGCCAGUACGGAGCACAAGCUCGACACCUCGGCGCAGUUUGUCAUCGAUGACGAGGACGACGACGAAGAUGCAUCUUCAGGGACGAAGAAGGACAUCGACCACCCCCUCAGCACUCCCGAAGCAUCCAACAGCAAGACAGAUCCUUUGGAAGACGACGACGAGCCAAUACCAAUAGCACUAGGCGAGCGCCUCGUCAGACUCGUUGUCGAUCUCCUCUUCUGCUCGGGUUUCACCUUACCCUGGACCGAAGAUCAACUCGACGAAGCCUCCAGCACCACAAGCCCACGUCGCAUCAACUACUCCAUCUGGGAAGCCGGCGUCGGCAGCUCGGUCGACCUCCCCUUCACCACCCGUUCCCACGUCUCGAACCGAGUCGAGGUCCUUCGUCUCCUGCUCGUCCUCCUCUCCAAAUCCAUCUACAUCCCUGCCUCCCACCAACACACUCAGUCCAACCCGACCCUCGCAUUCGCCAUACAGGAUCUCGACCGCACCAUCGUGCUUCCGCUCCUCUGCAGCCUCAUCAACACGGGCAUCACCAACGCACGCAAUUCCACCGCUGCGUGGUUCACCCUGCCUAGCGUCACCAAUCUCGUCGGCGGAUCGAACGACGAGGUUCGCAAGGAUGUCGUCACUCUUUCUCUUCAGAUUCUGGACGUGUUGCUUACGUACGAUGCACCGUCGCCGAGGGACGUGGAGAGUGUCAGUCUGAGCACCAUCGGCAGACCUCUGCCCGGACCAGGUGGUCAGAACGUCUUUCGUUUCUACUCCAGCAAACUUCAUCGAUCAGUCGACUUCGACUUCAUCUGGACCGGUCUUUCCACCUUCUUCUUCGACCGCCACAUCAACUCCCCGACGCAGAUCCUCGCCAUCCCGAUCUCCGGUGCGAGAAGGGUGGAGGAGAGGAGUUGGCAGUUGAACCAGGUAGCUGAGCGGAUGAUCUUGUUGGAGAGGCUGUUGGGGAGCAAUCGAAAGUUCAGGCGGUAUGUGUUGGAUGAUGCGGGGAGGUCGGUGGAGUUGUUGGAGGUGUUGAUGUAUUUUGCGAUUAGGUGUAAGGACAAUCUGGCGUUGGGUGGGUUGGUGAGGUUGUGUUCGUUCAUGUUGCAGGAUGUGACGAGCGAAGAGACGUUUGCUAGGAAUCUGGCGAAACCAGGUAGUGGAGCCAAGUUCAAUCUACAUAACAGACUAGGGAUGGUAGCAGGAACAACGGCGAUGGAUUACCUAGUGCAAGGGGUGUACAUCCUCAUCGCUACGACAAAGGGUGCGCUAUCGACGCUGUACGCACCACUGGUGAUAGCCCUGAGCAACACAGCGCCGUUUUGGCGAAACAUCGGAAUCACAUCUUCGACGAAGUUGGUUCAUUUGCUCAGGUCGUUCAGUCAACCUGGAUGGUUGUUGGCGGAAGAAGGAAAUCCGAGGUUGCUGUUUUACGUGUUGGAGACGAUCAAUUCCGUGUUGACGGUGGGAUUUAGGGAGAACGUGAAUCUGGUGUAUAGUUUGGUUUUAGCUAGAGGAUUGGUGGAGGGGUUGGAGCGGUUCAGCUUUCGGAAAGGGGUGGAGGAUGUUUGGGUCAAGAGGAGGAGUGUUGGAGUCGACACUAGGGAUUGGUUUAAGGGUAAGGAGAAGAUGGAAAAAGUUCCACCGACAGAAGGGGAGGAGGAGGAGGAGAAGGGUAAAGGCAAAGAACGUCGAGUAUCCACCGAACUUUCAAGCGAGCUCUCCCGCUAUUCUCUUCCGGACGUCGAAGAAGCAGCUGCAAAGUACAUCGGCAAAAACGAUUUUCGACCGAGACAGGAAUGGGUCGACUCGUGGAAACCAGGUCUACCGCUGACCACGCCAAGGAUGGUCAUCGAUCUGAUCUUGCCCGAGAUCGAGCGGAUCGCCGCGGGACAAACUCCGACGUCGACGGGGAGUGUGGAGAUCACAGGUGGCGAUACGGACGCGAGGGUGCUGGCGUGGUUGAGAGAGCAGCAGAUGAAGGAGUAUCUGCCUCCACCGGAGGGAGGCAUCCAUGCGAGGGGGUGGGUGUGGACGGAUCAGGGAUUGGUGUGGUUGAGGAGCUACUUGUGGGGGGUGGUGUAUGUGGAGGGGUUGCUGCCGUGGGGGCUGUGGAGUGAUACGGAGGUGAGGUUGUUCAGGGUGGUCGGUGAGGGGGGGAGGAGGGAGGUUGGAGCGGGUGGGGCAGCGGGAGGAGCGGGAGGAGUUGGAGCGGUGGACGGGGAGGCGGAGAGGAGGACGAGUGGUGCUGGAUCUGAAGGACGGAUGUCGACGCCGACGAGCUAG